UCUUUCCUGUUUUCAAUAAAGGAAAUGUCUAGGAAGACAUAUUCCAUUCCAUGCACACUCAUGUCCACGUCCCCUUUUCCAAGCUCCCUUUAUCCCUUCCCUUCAUUUUCUCCUUCUUCUUCCUCUUCUUUCUCUUGGUCUCUCUCUGUUUCUCUGUUUCUCUGUUUCUCUUCUUUGUAUAAGCCAUGACCAGUGUCUCUCCCUCCUUGAACAUGAAGAAAAUGGUGACCCCUCUUCCCAUCUCGUGCCCCUUCAACUCCCACCUCAUCCACCCCCUCCUCCUCUACCUGUAAAUCAAAAGCUCCUCUCCUCUUCUUGAUUCUGUCACUUCUCUGUCUCUCCCCCCCCCUUUCUGUAAAAAAGUGAAAAAAAUAAAAUUGAGGCUUUUUUAUGGGUGCUGGAAUAUCUGGAUUUGCAAGUGACAGAGGAGCGGAGCGUGUUUCUCCUCAGUGGAAGACUGGGCUUGGGGACAUACCAGAGAGCUGCAUCUCCCUCAUCCUUGCUUCCUUGGACCCCCCCGAGAUCUGCAAGUUGGCGCGGGUGAACCGGGCCUUCCACGGCUCUUCGUCGUCCGAUUUCGUGUGGGAAUCGAAGCUGCCCUCCAAUUACAGGUUCCUGGUUCGCCGGGUUCUCGGCGAGAAUCCCGACCGCUUGUCGAAGAAAGAGGUCUAUUCCAGGCUCUGUCAGGCCAGUCGCUUUGAUGGCGGCACCAAGGAAUUUUGGUUGGAUAAGAUAAGUGGGGACAUAUGUUUGUGUGUUUCUUCAAAGGCAUUGAAGAUCACUGGGAUUGAUGAUCGGAGAUACUGGAACUAUAUUGCAACUGAUGGAUCUAGGUUCAGCACAACGGCGUAUCUGCAACAAAUAUGGUGGGUGGAAUUGGUGGGAGAGGUAGAGUUCCAAUUCGUACCAGGCCAGUACUCCCUCUUCUUCAGGCUUCAGCUAGGAAAAUCCUCCCGGAGAUUCGGAAGGAGGGUCUCUAAUCUGGAUCAAGUCCACGGCUGGGACACCAAGCCCGUCCGGUUUCAGCUAUCGACGUCGAAUGGCCACCGCUCGACGUCCGAGUGCCAUCUGUGUGAUCCGGGCAACUGGGUCCACUACCAUGUCGGCGAUUUCCAUGUCGACAGCCCGAACACGCCCAUCGGGAUCAAGUUCUCAAUGGUCCAGAUCGACUGUACUCACACCAAGGGUGGUCUCUGUGUGGACUCGGUGCUAAUAUGCCCAACCGGAUCCAGAAAGAGAUUGAAUCUACCUUAAAAUUAUAUCGAUAUUACAGUUUAUAGGACAUAAAAAGGCCUUAAUUUUUCUGUCUGUUUUUCUCGGAAAUAGGCCUUUGGGUGUAGUGGAAACAUCUUCCUCAAGCUUUUGCGAGAGAGAGUCGUUCAAACAUCUGGUUGUGUAAGAAUUGUUAAAGAAGAAGAUUUUAGGCUUGUCUAA